CACAAACGUAGACCACCCGCUUCCACCACUAAGACAGUGCUCCGAUAAAGCGGGCGCCGUCCGUCCCGAAAUUCUUUCCCUCUUUUUUAAGUAGUGCCUCACUAUCAAUAAACAUAAAGUCAAUUUGCGCUCUCCUCGUCGUCUUAGUGCUUUUAGUAAGAUGUUAAUUAUAUAUUAUUUUCCGCUCUAGCAGUAGCACUUCGAGCUCUGCCUAUGGAUGCUAAGAAGCGGAACUAGGAAGUUCAUGAGUACAACUGUCACUGGUCGGGUUUUCCCCGUGCAUAUCUUGCCGCCUCGUUCCUUCGUCAGUGUGUAGCUCGACAACUGGAUUUCAACAACUUCGGCCUCGACGACUUUCCCUCGCAGCAUUUUUUUUUCAUGCUUGUGGACCCACUCCCACGUUUACUAGACUUAACCUCAAAUAUACAGGAGCACUAGCACCAGCGACAACUCUUAAGCCGCAUUGGUCUGACAACAUUCACAUAGACUAGAAAAAAUGUUCUUGUCGCCGGCGCGGCUUCGCAAGGAUGAUAUUACUGCGAUCAAGGAAGGGAUUCAAGAGUACGUGGAGCAAGCCGCAGCCGCUAGUCAAGGGACGCCGCCCAGUGGCGAUUUCGACCUUAGCUGCCACCUGCGAACGAGGAGGUCCGGACGCCCCGAUUCGCAAGGCCGCCGCUACUUGGGGUGUAAAAUUGCUAAAUUUUAAGACCUAUCAUCUAUCAAAAACUCGUUGCAAAGUGUCUGUUCCGGCUAGAGCUCCUUUCGGGAUCUAGCUAGGUAAGCAUAUGCUUAUACCUAAGACAUUGCCAUCGAAUUAUCAACCUGGGAGUCAGAAAAAGGAUGGAGAGUAGACAUGUGUUCUCUAAAAAUCUUGGUUGGAGAUCCGCGAGGGCUUCGGUUCUAAUAAGCUUUCUCAAAGCGGCGAUACUUCCGAGAUCAGCGAUGUCACCGCAACGCGUGGGGGCAUCUCAUAUACGGUACUAAGUAUCUUUACCGCCGUUGCUUGUUCCUAGUUGGGGUCAGCCCUUUUGGCUUCCUGAUCCCUUUGAAAUGUUAAAAUCGUAACACAAUGAAAGACGAAGCCCCACUCGUAGCCGGGAAGGUCGUGCACCAUCACACGUAUAAUCACAAACGACCUGCUCAACGUUCGCACCUAAUUCAGACCACAUUCGCUUGGGAUCAUAAGCGUCGCAAUGUUGCUGAUUCAGUUGUAAGCGUCUGGAAACAAAAGCCCCGGAGUCAUGAACCUGAAUUCUUAGUAGCGUUCGGGCUGCGCUUCGAGCGGACUUGGAUGUGUUUUUAUCAAGUGGAUGCCCCUACUGGUCAGACAGACUUAUAAACCGGUCACGAAGUUAACUCCUCGAAUAUAAGUUUGCCACAAACUUGAAAAAAAUUAUAUCUUUUUGUAUACUAAGGUGGACUAAGGUGGUGUCUGAGUUUUUUAGUCAUUUUGUUUAGUAUCAUUGUUGGAAGUUGUUGAUCUCCUGUAGGUUGCCAACUGCCCAAAAGGUUCGCCAAACCGUUGAAGGGUCAGGAGAAGUUCUUGCCCAAAUCGUGCCGCCGGAGGAAGACAGGCAAGGAGCGGCAAGCCACAACGAAGGAGGAGGUUCUUACUUGAACACCACUAGAAUCCAACGCAAUCGAGCACAGUCACGCUGGUGCUCUCUCGUGAACUGUACUCACGUCACUACUCCUGCCUAAAGGAUCCAGGGCCAUGCCAUCAAGAUGGUCAGGAAUGCUGAUUGACCUCCGAGCUCUUUGGCCCGUUGUUCUUGUGUUUAAGUGCACCGAUUGACU